AUGGCUGACAAUUCUAUUCGUCUCGCUGUCGUUAACGCAGAUCGAUGCAAGCCGAAGAAGUGCCAGAAGGAGUGCAAGGGUGUAUGCCCAGUUAACAGAUCCGGCAAGAACUGCAUUAAAGUUCCAGUCACUGGCUGCGCUAUUUCCGAAGCUCUUUGCAUUGGCUGCGGUAUGUGUGUUAAGAAAUGCCCAUUCCACGCUAUUCAAAUUAUCAAUCUUCCAAAAGCUCUUGAUGCAGAAACAACCCAUCGUUAUUCAAGAAACGGCUUCAAGCUUCACCGUCUCCCAUACCCACGUGUAAAGCAGGUACUUGGUCUUGUCGGCCAGAAUGGUAUUGGCAAGUCCACAGCCCUUCAAAUCCUUUCCAACAAGAUUCGUCCAAACCUUGGUAUCCUCGAUGAAGCCAAGCAACCAGACUGGGCCCAGAUUAUCCAGCGCUUCCGUGGUUCCGAACUUCAGACAUACUUCACAAAGCUUAUCAACGAAAACAUGCGCGUUAUCAUGAAACCACAGUGGGUUGAUAGCCUUGCCAAAGUUAGAAACGGCAAAGUCGGCGAAAUCCUUAAAGCCAAGGAUGCUACAGGCCAAUUCGACGACAUCAUCACACAGCUCCAACUCAACGCCCUCCUUGAGCGUCAAAUCAACCAACUUUCCGGUGGUGAACUCCAGCGUUUCGCUAUCGCUCUCGUUUGCCUCUCAGCCGCCGGCGCUUACUUCUUUGAUGAACCAUCCUCAUAUCUCGAUAUCGGACAGCGUAUGGCCGCUGCUCGUGUUAUCCGUGACUGCCUUAAGGUUGGCGAUUACGUCAUUGUCAUUGAGCACGAUCUUGCCAUUCUCGACUACAUGUCCGACUUCAUUUCCGUUCUUUACGGCGCACCAGGUGCUUUCGGUGUUAUCUCUGCACCAUUCACAGUCCGUGAAGGUAUCAACAUCUUCCUUGAAGGUUACCUUCCAACAGAAAACAUGAGAUUCCGUGAAGAACAACUUGUCUUCAGAAUUUCCGACGAUAACGAUAUCUUGAAUGAAGGUGAACAGCACCACUACAAGUACCCAUCCAUGUCCCUCUCCAUUGGCGACUUCCACCUCGAUGUUGAAGGCGGCUCAUUCAGAGACUCAGAAAUCAUCGUUCUUCUCGGCCAGAACGGUGUCGGUAAGACAACAUUCAUCCGUUUACUCUCAGGCAACCAAGCACCAGACGAUAUCGCUUUCGAACUCCCAGCACUUUCGAUUUCAUACAAGCCACAGAAGAUCCAGCCACACUUCGACGGCACAGUACAGCAGCUUCUUGAAGGCAAGAUCGGCUCAUCAAUGACACAGCCACUCUUCAAGGAUCUCGUUCUCAAUCCACUCAACCUUGACCACCUUAUGGACAGAAAGGUCAAGAAGCUCUCCGGUGGUGAACUUCAGCGUGUCGCUAUUGCACUCGCUCUUGGUAAGAACGCAGAUCUUUAUCUUAUCGAUGAACCAUCAGCCUUCCUUGAUGCCGAACAACGUGUUAUCAUCUCAAAGAUCAUCAAGCGCUACAUCAUGAACGCCGGCAAGACAGCUUUCGUUGUCGAGCACGACUUUAUCAUGGCUACUUACCUCGCUUCUCGCGUUCUUGUCUUCGACGGCCAGCCAGGUGUCAAGACAGUCGCUAAGAGCCCACAAUCCCUCAUCAAGGGUAUGAACUACUUCCUCAAACAGAUGUCAGUCACUCUCCGUUCUGAUAAGAACACAAAGAGACCAAGAAUCAACAAGUACAACUCAAACAAGGACAAGCAACAGAAGACAGACGGAAAGUACUUCGUCCUCGAGUAA